AAUACAAUGCAAAAUGAAGGAUGGAGGAGGAAGAGACGGAGACGCUGGAGGAGGUCAGUACGUCCAACAGACGGCAGUAAAGUAAAACAUAAUCGAGCAAAGGAUGGAGAAGAAGUUGCAGAGAUGUGCGCAUGCUCCACACAUUAACUACAGACCGCGGCACAGUCGAAAUUGAUUUAACGGUUCAAGAUGACGACUUCAUGGAGCGACCGUCUGCAGAACUAUGCCGACUUACCUGCCAACAUGGACGGUGUGGCCAUGAAGAAGUAUCGGCGUGAAGCUCACCACAGCUUUCCAAGGGAUCUGGCUCAAAACCAUCCUGCAAUGAGAGUGUUUGUCAACAGAAGCUUGGCCAUGGAGAAGAUCAAGUGUUUUGGUUUUGAUAUGGAUUACACUCUGGCAGUGUAUAAAUCUCCUGAGUAUGAGUCGCUGGGCUUUGACUUGACAGUCGAGCGUCUGGUGUCCAUUGGAUAUCCACAAGAACUGCUCAACUUUGUCUAUGACCCCUCCUUCCCCACCAGAGGUCUGGUGUUUGACACGAUGUAUGGCAACCUGCUCAAAGUGGACGCCUAUGGGAACAUCCUGGUGUGUGUGCACGGGUUCAACUUCCUAAGGGGACCUGACAUCAGAGAGAUGUACCCAAACAAAUUUAUUCAACGUGGAGAUACAGACCGCUUUUACAUCCUCAACACACUCUUCAACCUGCCUGAAACCUACCUGUUUGCUUGUCUGGUUGAUUUCUUCAGUAACUGCUCCAGAUACUCCAGUUGUGAGACUGGCUUCAAAGAUGGCGACCUCUUCAUGUCCUACAAGAGCAUGUUCCAGGACGUCCGAGACGCUGUGGACUGGGUUCAUUUCAAGGGGUCCUUAAAAGAAAAAACAGUUGAGAAUCUGGAGAAGUACGUAGUAAAGGAUCCGAAGCUUCCUCUCCUCCUCAGUCGCAUGAAUGAAGUAGCCAAAGUAUUUCUGGCCACCAACAGUGAUUACAAAUACACAGAGAAAAUUAUGACCUACCUGUUUGACUUCCCUCACGGCCCAAAGCCGGGCACACCCCACCGGCCCUGGCAGUCCUACUUUGACCUGAUCCUGGUCGACGCCCGGAAGCCCGUGUUCUUUGGAGAGGGAACAGUUCUGCGGCAGGUCGACACUACCACAGGUCGGCUGAAGAUCGGCACAUACACCGGACCUCUCCAGCAUGGUAUUGUUUACUCUGGAGGUUCCUCAGACAUCGUGUGUGACUUGCUGGGUGCUAAAGGAAAGGACAUCAUCUACAUUGGAGACCACAUUUUUGGUGACAUUCUCAAAUCCAAGAAGCGUCAGGGCUGGAGGACUUUCCUGGUGAUACCGGAGCUGGCUCAGGAGCUGCACGUGUGGACCGACAAGAGUUCCAUAUUUGAGGAACUUCAGUCUCUGGACUGCUUCCUGGCAGAGCUUUACAAGCAUCUGGACAGCAGCAGCAAUGAGAGACCUGACAUCAGCUCCCUGCAAAGAAGGAUUAAGAAAGUGACCCAUGACAUGGACAUGUGCUACGGCAUGAUGGGAAGUCUGUUUCGCAGUGGCUCCCGUCAAACGCUGUUCGCCUCCCAAGUGAUGCGCUACGCCGACCUGUACGCCGCCUCCUUCAUCAACCUGCUCUACUACCCCUUCAGUUAUCUUUUCAGAGCGGCACACGUGCUGAUGCCUCAUGAGUCAACGGUGGAGCACACCCACGUCAGCAUUAUCGACACAGAGUCUCCGCUGGCCACGCGAAACCGUCACGACGUCGACUUCAAGGAGAUGGAGUGCAAACGGCACCAACUGACCCGAUCCAUCAGCGAGAUCCAGCCCCCUCACUUCUUCCCCCAGGCUCCUCAGGAGAUCACUCACUGCCACGAUGAGGAUGAUGACGAGGAGGAGGAAGAGGAGGAGGAAGAGGAGGAAGAAGAAGAAGAAGAGUAGAUGGAGGGAGAAGAGCAGAGGAGUCUGAGUCUUUCUCUCACAUCCAGUUCGUCCAGUUUUAAUGUUUGAAGUUGAUCUUUUCUUUUGUUGAUAACCACAGGGCUGCAGCAGCUGAUUCUGACUGUCAGAGCCACUUUUACAUUUAGAAAAACAGGUUCACUGUGUCAACCGGUCUGGACCUGAUCUUGUACAAGACAGGGACUACUGUAGAUUCAAGUGGUCUUGCUACGUCCCUGGUAAGUGUACCUGUCCACGAGUAAAUCAGAAUUCGAAAGUGAGUUUAGAUUCCUGUCUGUUAGUAGUAUAAGAUGCAGGCAGUGAGGUGUUGAAGAGAGAAUAACUGCCAUACUCGUAGAGCAGCUGUUCGUUGUUUGAUCCUCCUGGUUCUGUUGGGUUUGUUUAAUUUCCUGCUUUUGUUGGAGUCCAGUCUAUGUUUCUUCUGUACUGUAAACAGUUUACUGCCUUACUGCUUAAUUCUGCACCGUACCUCCAACCUCAAAACAUGUGUAACACUGAGGUGAAGAGAUUAACCUUAACCCGUCUUAAAGGAGCAGUCCGCCCUAAGACUCUGUAACAGUUGGCACAGCCACGUUUGUCACAUAAGUCACGUUCAGGAACUAAAAGGUUCAUGAGGCCCAUUGUUGUCUCCGUUUCCACUGCGGCCAUAAGACCCAGGAGACUAUGCAAAUCAGGCCGAUGAUGUAUGGAAGAGCAGGUAAAUGCACUACACCCUUUCAGUCCAGUGUACAGGACACAUUGCGUCCCGUAUGGAUUCAAUGCAGGACGCAGCAUUUUAUUUUCAAAUACGGGACAAUCCCGUAUUAUACGUGACGGGUGGCAACCCUAGCCACUCCGGCUGUUGUGGUCUUUUAUUUUUUUGUAGUCCUGUUUCAGUUUUUUUUUUUUACCUUCUCACCUUAGACCCUGGUUCCUGUAGUCGAAACGUGCAUAGUUCUUCAAAAGGUUCCUGGUUCCUGGGGAAAGUUCCUGCGGUGGAAACGCAGUUAUACUUUAUAUUUUUGGGACCAUAUUACUUUUUGUGUAAUUUCUCUUCCACUUCCAAAGAGACCUGGUCAAAUGUAGAGAUGUGAUGAUAUGUUGAAGUAUUUUAGCACAAGUAGAAUUCAACAAAAGAAAUUAUUUAGCUAACUUACCCUAAAAGAGCCAUUUGUAAGUUUUGCUAUUACUACAUUGCCAAUGUUGGCAUUAACAGCUGUUUACUUAUCUGUCUUGCCAAGAGCUUCAGCCAUCGUAUAUUACAAGAGGUCAUGAUACGCUCUCUGAACAGUGUUACUUCCUCAGGGCAGACUGGACACUGCGGUGACUCAGUAUUGGAAAGUGACCAGACAGUUUGACUGUGCCGGAGCUAGCUGGCUAGCAUGCUAACUGCAGUACAAGAGAAGAGGCGACAGAUGUAGAAGCAAAACAACAGGGUUGCCUUCCACCAGCUUUACUCUUGGCGAGUAAACAAAUGAAGUUUGAUGUCUAACUCGCAACGUUUCUUCUAGACUGUUAAGUUAACAGCUGUUAAUGCUAAUGUUAGCUCAUUAGCGAUGGCAAAACUUAUAAAUAGCUCCUUUAAAACAUUCAUAGUGAAUGUCUGGUGGUGUGAGACGCAUGUCUCUCAACAGAGCACAAAGCAAUGCAGCUGUCCUCCGUGUUGAAAAGCACAAACUUUCAUCUGAUUGUGAAUUUUUCUUUUUUUUUUUUUUUUAUCCCAUUUUGAAUUUCUUGAAAAGAAUUCUGGGGCAUGGGGAAACUGAACUGUAGUGUGUGUGCAACACAGCUGCUGAAACGAGUCAGUCAUAAAACGGUUAAACUCCAGAGGAGUAUUUUCUCUUUCAUUUUGUGAUGCCUGCUGGAGUGAUGUGAAGUCAACAGCCAGCUUCACUGUUUUUAAUACCCAGUUCUUUCUCUCAGAGUUGUAAAAUAAUACCACAUUUCUUAUAUUCCACAGAAUCAGAAAGACUUUGGGGCCAAGACUCAUCCUGAAGUCCCUCUGUCCUAUGCUCUGGCUGCAUUAUGUGUUUUUUAAAUUACUGCAGAAGUAAUGUAGAUAUGACUCCCUGCACAGUGUUUGCAAUGGAUUGUGAAACAGUUAUUACCUUAUUCAUCUCACUUUGAGCUGAUACAGUGAGAAUGAAUGAGUUCGAUUGUUAAAGACUAUAUUUUAAACAUUAAUGGUGAAUUGAUUUCAUGAGUCCUGUCUCAAGUCCAAGUUUAGACUGUAUUAAUUUUUCCUGGCAGUAAUGGUCCUCCAUAGGGAGGUGAAACUACUGUGUUUCUCUAACUGUAGUUUGAAGUUUAUCAGCUGAUCAGGUCUGUCUGCUGUAUACAUGCUGUUACUGUAAUGGGAGAGGUGGACUGAGCUGCUGAUGUGUGUCACUGUGGGCCUGUCUCUGUGUGCACUAAUGUCAUCACAGAUACUGCCAGUGAAUGCAAUAGUGUCUUUUAGUAAGCUUUAGAGUUCAUUCGGUUGUUUGUUUCUUUGAUUACCAUCAUGUUUUUAACCUCCUGCCCUGAGUUUAAAGGAGCUGUGAUUUAACAGGAGGACCUUGUCUGCUGGACUGAUGCACAGUAUUGAUCCUUGAUGAGGUGAACAGUGAAAUACUCCUUGUUUUAAAGGCUGUGUGAUUGUGCUGUUUGUGUGUUACAGCCUCACACAGAAAGUUUCUGAUUGAAUAUGUUGGAGCUGCCUCGUCCUGUCUGGACUGAUCAGCUGGAUCUUUUCUCUCCUUGUUGUGGGUCAAAGUUUAAAUGUCCUGCUGUCUGUUAGGUCUGCGCUCAAAUGGACAAUUGAUUGACUUAUUUCUGUCCGGUUGCACGUUGAGAUGUUUAUCCGGUUAUUUGAGUAUGGGAGCAAUUUGUUACACUGCUGCUGUUGAAGAAUAAAGGUCAGGACACCCCCAGAGUGAGCAGCAACAAGGAUUUACAAUGGUUAGUUUUCUUACUCGUCAUUUCAGAACCGUUUUGCAUGCCUGUGUUAAUGACAGCGGUCACUGUCAGCUGCUUUGAAAACGCGCUUCAGCUUCAGACAGAGUCAAGUGUAAAGUGAACCAAAUGAAUGUAUUUUUACCUGCAACAGUUGAUGCAUGUGUUGAAGUUGCAUUUUAAUUUGAAGAGAGUUGAAACGUUGAGACGGUUUGAGUCAUGACUGAUGUUUGUAAUAAAUUUUCUGAUCCAA